AUGUGGUCCUUCGUGCGCUCCGUCUCCCUCGCUUCGCUGAUCGCGUCGUCGGUGGUGAGCGCACAGCUCAGUUUCGUGGCCAGCAUUCAGCAAGCUGGGAAAGACGUCGAGGUGCCUAACCUGGAUUUUAUUCGGAAGCCGGCUCAAGGCCAUCGCCGACAUGCGUCCCGAAACCACCACGGCUACCACCAAGAUAACAAGGCCGAGGAGAGAGAUGUGACUAGCUAUAGCUCGAACUGGUGUGGUGCAUCGCAGCACACGACCCCGUCGGAUGGCAUCAGCAACAUCAUCGGCUACUUCACAGUCCCUGACCUGAAACUGCGACCGGGCAUCCCGGCGCCGCAGUUCGCUGCCGCAUGGGUUGGCAUUGAUGGGGCCGAAUGCAAUUCGACCUUGCUCCAGGCGGGCGUGACCACCAUUGUCAACUCCGAUGGCGGCCAGAGCGCCUCUGCGUGGUGGGAGUGGUACCCGGAAGCGUCCUUCACCAUCGACGGUCUCAAAGUCAAGCCGGGUGACUGGAUGGCGGUGAACAUCACGACCAAAAGCACAACAGCUGCGACGAUUGUGAUCACCAACUCGCAAUUGGGCACAUCCGUCACCAUACAGGUCAACAACGGGCCGAAGCUCUGUCGCCAGGAUGCCGAAUGGCUCGUGGAGGAAUUUUACGACUCGGGCAAGCAGGUUGCGUUGGCGCAGUUUGCGGACUUGUGGUUUGUCGACUCGGAGGCGACCACGGUGGGUGGCAAGACGAUCGGCUUCGACUCGGCGACCAUGGUAGCUUUGCAAGACGACGAUGGAAAGGUGCUCUGCCAGGGUGAGCCUUAUGACAACACCAACUUCGUCAUCGUUUCGAAGUAA